AUGGAGAGAAUAGUGAUAGAAAGUACACAGUUGUGUUGUUCAACCCAGCGGUACCAUUCAGUCUCAUCUAAACUGAUAAAGAAAUGAUUUCCUUCUGUCUCUUGUUUCUCUGGAUUCCUAUAACUUCUGCAGCUCCCCACUCUAUGAAAUACUUAUACACUGCAGUCUCAGGUGAUACUGACUUCCCAGAGUUCACGGUGGUGGGUUUGCUGGACGAUCAUCAGUUUGUGUACUUUAACAGCAACACCAAGACACUGGUCCUCACCACUGAGUGGAUGAAGAAGAAGGCAGGAAAAUACUACAGGAAACUCUACACUGAGCCCCUGAUUAACCAACAUGAAGGUUUCAAAAACCUCAUUACGUUUGCAAAGAAGCAGUUUAACCAAACCCAGUCAAAAGGUGUUCACACAAUCCAUAACUUGUACGGCUGUGAGUGGAAUGAUGAGACUGAACUCAAAGAUUAUUUCCAUCACUAUGGAUACGAUGGUGAGGAUUUCAUUUCAUUGGACAUGAAGACCGUAAGAUGGAUAACCUUCGUACAGCAGGCAGAUACCAUCAAACAGAAGUGGGACGACAACAGCAAGGAUCUGCACUAUCUCAAAUGGUACUUCACUAAGGAGUGUAUUGACACUUUGAAGAAGUAUUUGAACUUCGCCAGCAGCGUCUUGAAGCGGAUAGUCCCUCCAUCAGUGUCUCUGCUCCAGAAGACCCCCUCCUCUCCAGUGACCUGCCACGCUACAGGUUUCUACCCCAGUGGAGUCACGGUGUCCUGGCAGAAAGAUGGACAAGAACAGCAUGAAGAUGUGUUGCAYGGAGAGAUUCUCCCCAACGAUGAURGAACCUUCCAGAAAAGUGCUCACCUCACAAUGGACUGUGAUGAAUGGAAGAACAACAACUACACCUGUGUGGUUGAACACAAAGAGAACAUCAUCGCCAUCAGACUGGAUCAGUCUGUGAUAAAAACAAACAGUGACAAGCCUCCUGAAUCUGGCCCCAUCAUUAUUGGAGUAGUGGUAGCUGUCAUCCUCCUAGCCCUCAUCACCAUAGCUGGGUUUAUUAUGUGGAACAGGAAGAGGACAGUCUCUGAUGAUGGUUUCAACCCCUCCAUGACACAGCAGAACCAGAUACAACUUGAAGUUUCUCUCUCACUAAUCAAACAGGAGAGAAGCAGAGAAAAUAGGACCUUUAUUGAAGGAGGUGAGGCCAGCUGAAAAGUGCUACCGACUGAUUGGAUAUUUCAUCUCAUGAUGAACACAAUGUCUGCUCAAAUCCGACAUCACAGCUCAUAUGAAUAUACCACACAGGAGUUGAACAUAGGAAAAACCCGCCGUCACUGAAAUAUUCUUUAAGUUUUCAUGUAUUUUUUAGCAGCAGAGAUCAGAACAAAUGGACGCGUUUAGGCGGAAGCUUCGUCAGCGUUUGGAGAAUAAUUGACAUUCAACAAACUUAUAGAUGACAUCACAUGACAGUACUGCUUCUUUCUUUUUUUACAAACAUUAUUUACAUACAUUACUUAUAUUCAUUAUUUACACAAUUACUUACAUUCAUUAUUUCAAUUAAUUAUUUACAUACAUUUUCUAUUAUUUUCCACAAGAGAUUCAAAAUAUACCACAAAGUAUUCAUGACGGCAGAUUACCAUGUUUUUCUAUUAUGUAAGAGGGAUA